ACCCCUUCUCUGUGUUUUCACUCUGAAGCUCUACACAACUUUACACCUGAAUGAACGCCAACCCUCUGUGGAUAUAUAAAGGGAACCUUGAGGAGGAAUUUCACAGUUACAGUGCAGAGGCAGAGGGGAAGGAAUUAACCAGCUCUCCAGCCAAGCAAAUCCUCUGCACACCAUGCUUCCUCCUGCCAUUCAUUUCUAUCUCAUUCCCCUUGCAUGCAUCCUAAUGAAAAGCUGUUUGGCUUUUAAAAAUGAUGCCACAGAAAUCCUUUAUUCACAUGUUGUUAAACCUGUUCCAGCACACUCCAGCAGCAACAGCACGUUGAAUCAAGCCAGAAAUGGAGGCAGGCAUUUCAGUAACACUGGACUGGAUCGGAACACUCGUGUUCAAGUUGGUUGCCGGGAACUGCGGUCCACCAAGUACAUCUCGGAUGGCCAGUGUACCAGCAUCAGCCCCUUGAAGGAGCUGGUGUGUGCUGGUGAGUGCUUGCCCCUGCCAGUGCUCCCUAACUGGAUCGGAGGAGGCUAUGGAACAAAGUACUGGAGCAGGAGGAGCUCCCAGGAGUGGAGAUGUGUCAAUGACAAGACACGUACCCAGAGAAUCCAGCUGCAGUGUCAAGAUGGCAGCACACGCACCUACAAGAUCACAGUGGUCACUGCCUGCAAGUGUAAGAGGUACACCCGGCAGCACAAUGAAUCCAGUCACAACUUUGAGAGCGUGUCACCUGCCAAGCCAGCCCAGCAUCACAGAGAGCGGAAAAGAUCCAGCAAAUCCAGCAAGCACAGCAUGAGUUAGAACUCAGACUCCCAUAACUGGACUGACUAGUAACCAUCUGCUUUACAGAUUUGAUUGCCUGGAAGACUCAAGCCUGCCAUUGGUAUUUUCUCACUUGAAAGUAUAUGCUUCCUGCUUUGAUCAAACCCAGCAAGCUGUCCUAAAUAUCAGGACCUUUUUUGGGAAUAGUUUUUCCUUUUCAAGUUUUUCAAGAUGUACGUAUAUCUGUGAGCACAAUUUGCAUUUAAAUUCCAUGCAUCUUACAGUUUGAAUUCCCCAUCAUUCUUAAAAGACUAUUAAUACUAUAUACAUCACUGAACCAUUAUGUUUUAAAACAGAAAGGGGCCUUUCAGUUAUCCUCCAUCUCCUGGCUCAUCCCUACCCCUAAAUAAAACCCUCUCAAACCCAAAACUGUUGCCAUGAAUCUUCACAGUAACAUUUCAGAAAUGCUUUUUUGGUAAUCUUCAUGGAAACAGUUUAGCAGUCAUGAGUGAUCUUCCUUUGAAAGAGAGUGAAAGACCUUGUGACAUUUCACUUCAAAAAUAAGCCCUGUAGCUUUUUACAGUGUCUUAGUAUGAAAUUAUACCCUGCAUGCUGACCCUCGCUUGGAAUGGAAUGCCAGAAAUGCAUGGCAGCAGCUAAUAAGUAAAGCUGAUUAACUAUUUAUUUGUCAAUGUUAUUAUUUAAUAAGCUUUCACCUGU